AUGACCUCUGAGACCACCGACUCUAAGAAAGUUAUCAUUGUGAUCGGUGCAGGUGUGAUUGGUCUGACGACUGCCCUGCGGAUACAGGAAACCGGGAAAUACCAUGUUACCAUUAUCGCGGAGACAUUACCAAGCGAUCCGUUGACUAUCAGAUACACGAGCCAAUGGGCGGGAGCCAUACAUUCCGGUAGCUCCCACGCCUAUGUCGACGAAGCACAUCCGAAACAGUCAGAAAUUGACAGUGAAACGUUCAAGAUCAUGUGGGACCUGUCUGCUCCAGGCAGCGAAGCUGAAAGGUGCUUCAAGCGACUUACAAAGAAGUCAUACUACGGCGAAUCAAAGGCAAAGCCGUACUUGUUGGAAUCUAUGCCAGAUUUUCGGUACAUGGAUGCUGGAGAGCUUGUCGAAGGGUCUGUUGAGGGUGUGUCCUUCAGCACCUUCACGAUUGACGUGCCGAUAUAUCUCAAUUAUUUACUAUCUCGAUUUCUUGCACACGGAGGUGCUAUAGUCCGCGGGCAAGUCCAGCAUGUGUCCCAGGUCAUGGAAGAUGGUAUAGGUCCAUUCACCGGUGCGAAGAACUCAUGUAAGCCAGCCGCGGUUGUCGCAUGCGUUGGCCUCGGAGCAAGGUUCCUGGGCGGAAUAGAGGACAAGAAUGUGACCGCGAUUCGGGGGCAGACCAUCUUAUUGAGGGCGCCGUGGGUAGACGAAUGCAUUCAUACCUACGAUGGCCCGUUGAGUUAUGUCAUCCCCAGACGCAGCGGAGAUGUCGUUAUUGGAGGGACUUACGUAAAGGACGAUUGGUAUCCCCUUGCGCGUCUGGAAACCAGGAAGGAGAUUUUAGCACGGAUUCUCAAGUUAUAUCCGAAAAUCGCACCACCGGAAAUACGGGCAAUCAGGGAACCAGCUGUGGAGGACAUCGAGCCCAUCAUCAUCGAAGAUCGGUGCGGUUUGAGACCGGGAAGAAAGCAAGGCAUUCGCAUUGAUGUUGACACCAGCGGCGCGGUUCCUUUAGUGCUGAAUUACGGGCAUGGUGGAUAUGGGUACAUCUCGUCCUGGGGAUCAGCAAGUGUGGCAUUAGAAUUAUUGGAUGGCGCGUUGGACAAGAAGACAUAG